AUGCUGCCAGACCAUGGACCAUCUCAGGGUCCCACACGGUUCUGGACCAUCUCAGGGUCCCACACGGUUCUGGUUCUGCUGGUUUCAGGCUGUGCUGCUGGAGGCCGCCGCUCGGGGAAAGGCCUGAAAAUGAGCAGGGUUGGCCCCCAGGGGUCAAAGGUCACCCCCCCUGCCGCCGCCUCGGCCCCUGUUAGCUUAGCUUUAGCUCGGCGAAGACUCCUUCUAGGACAGAAGUUCCUGCUGCCCCUGGGCCAGUUGCUGCUGCCCCUGGGUCAGUUCCUGCUGCCCCUGGGCCAGUUCCUGCUGCCCCUGGGCCAGUUCCUGCUGCCCCUGGGCCAGUUGCUGCUGCCCCUGGGUCAGUUCCUGCUGCCCCUAGGCCAGUUCCUGCUGCCCCUGGGUCAGUUCCUGCUGCCCCUGGGCGGCUCUGUUAGGGUGUCGGUUCUGUGGAAGUGUUUGGCGAGCGGCGGCGGUCACACCCGGCGCGGCGUGGGCCGCGGGAAUGUGGCUGUCUAUCAUUCCUCCCUUUAUGGCCCUGUCAUCGCCCCUUUGUCUUUCAGGACCCAGCCGGCCGCCACCUCACAGCCCAGGAUGAGCUCAGAGUACCGCAGCAGGCUGGCCGUGAGGAGCCCCUCGCUUCCUGAGGAGAGCGACACCAAACUCCGCGUCCACAAGCUGUCCCUGACCGCGGGGGGCACCGGCGAGCCCCCGCCGGACCCCGACCCUGACCAGCUGUACCCCGGCCAGCCGGAGCCCGACCCCGGGGCUCUCUACAGGUGGAAGAACAGGUUUGAGGGGCUGAGUCAGUACAGAGCUGCCUCCCUCUCCUCCCCCGGUGCAGAGCCUCUCAGCCCCGUCUCUCUGAGCCGGGACGCUGCAGAGGGGCGGGGCUUGCCGGGGGAGGCGGGGCCGGCCGGCGGAGGGGGGGCGGAGCCUGAGCAGAUAAAGGCUGGCGGCGCCUCGCCGCCGCCGUCUGUGUCCCGCAGCAGCCCCGAGGACGAGGAGACCCGCUUCACCGGGGUGUUCAAAGCCACGCUGGUGCAGCUGGAUCCCGAGCACGCUGCCCCCCCCUCCAGCCCCCCCGCCUCCCCCGAAGCCGAGUCCCCCUACUCCCUGGACAUGAACGCUCUGGUGGACACUCUGAAGAGCCUCCCCUCGCUGAAGCCCCGGAGCUCCGGCCUGAGGGUGCCCCCCCCGGCCCUGGUCUCCUCGCUCCCACCCAUCGUGGAGGAUGCUCCCAGCUCGGCGGCCCCCCAGCUGCCCCCCCCCGUCAGCGGCCUGGAUGUGGCCGAUGCCCCUAACGGACUGUACACGCUCCCGGCUGACCUUGGGCUGAAGAGGAGCGCGUCCAGAGACAGCCGCCCCCCCCUGCAGCUGAUGAGGAACGACAAGGAGCUCGGUGGCCUGACCCAGAAUGGAGGCUCGCUGCCGCCCCCCCCCCACCAGCUCCCGGCUGGACAGCAGCGUCCUGCCCACCGGCCCCUGUUUCGCGCCAGCUCGCUGCCCGAGAGGCCCCCCAGCGACCGCCUCGCCGGGCCCCGGGAGCAGCAGGGCGAGGGGGAGCCGGCAGGGUCCCGCUUCGAGCGCCUCUCCUUCCUCCUGAACUCCCCCUCCUCCUCCUCGCUGCCGGGCUCCGAUGACUCCAGCAGGAUGAGCCGAGCUCCGGCUCUGAGCCUCGGCUCCCCGCCGACCCACAGCCCCACCCACCUGCUGAGCCCCGCCGGCCACGGAGACCUCCACUGGCCCUUCGCCAGCGAGUCCCCCACGGCCCUGUUCGGCCAGGGGCCCGGGGCCGGCGGCGGCCCCCUGCUGCUGCAGAGGAGCCUCAGCUGUGACGGGGCCCCCAUGUCCAGUCCUAAUGGCCCCAGGGUCCAGUCCUCCCUGCUGAGCAACACCAAUGGAGGACCACAGUUUCAGAGCCAGCUACAGGAACCAGACCGUAACCUGAUUUCCAAGUACCGGGCAUUCCCCGAUGCCUAUGGCAAGAAGGUGGUGUUCCGGGACACCAGUGAGGACGCCCGCAUCUUCGGCUUCCCCAUCAAAGCCAACUCCAUCAUCAUCAACGCGGGCCUCUGGCUCGUGUUCUCCCAGCCCUUCUUCCAGGGCGUCCCCCGAGUCCUGGAGGUGGGGGGGUACAGCACUCCGGCGGCGUGGGGGGUGGAGCAGCCCUACGUGGCCUCGCUGCACCCGCUCAAAGUGGGGGAGCCCAGAGUGGAGAACACCAGUGAGCCCCAGAUGGUGAUCUACGACAAGCCCUACUUCACAGGGAAGUCCCGAACCAUCAGCAGCAACAUGAAGGACUUCAUGACCCGGACCCACAGCCAGCAGAGCGUCUUCAUGCACAGCGUGGGCUCCCUGAAGGUCCAGGGGGGAAUCUGGGUGGGCUACCAGAAGGAGGGCUUCCGGGGCCACCAGUACCUGCUGGAGGAGGGGGAGUACCACGACUGGAGGGUGUGGGGGGGCUGCGACUCGGAGCUGCGCUCGGCGAGGCUCAUCCAGGCCGACCUCACGGACCCGGUGAUGGUGAUGUUUGAGCAGCCGGAGGAGGAGGAGGAGGGCAUGCUGGAGGAGAACACCUUCGAGGUGACGGAGGCCAUUCCCGACGUGGAGCUGUUUGGAUACAAGACCUCCACCCGCUCCAUCCACGUGCUCAGCGGGGUCUGGAUAGCCUACUCCCAUGUGGACUUCUCUGGGGACCAGUACGUGCUGGAGAAAGGCCUCUACCAUAACUGUGCGGACUGGGGCUCCCAGGGGACCCGGAUCUGCUCGGUCCAGCCCGUCUUACUGGCUCCACUGGACAGUGCGAGGAACCGACAGGAGAUCAUCCUUUACUCUGAGCCCGGCUUCCAUGGGGAGAGUCUCAUCUUUGACCAGAACCAGGAGGCUCUGGAGACAAAGUUCCUGAGCAGGUCGUGCCGUGUGGUGGGAGGAAGCUGGGUGCUGUUCGACGACCUCCACUUCUCCGGGAACAUGUUCGUCCUGUCCGAGGGGAGCUACCCCAGCCUGACCAGCAUGGGCUGCCCCCCCAGCUGCUCCAUCCGCUCCGUCAGGCCUGUGCAGCUGAUGUUCUCGGUUCCCUCCAUCUCUCUGUUCGGCCUGGAGGGCCUGGAGGGCAGAGAGAUCACCGCGGACGGCGAGGUCCUCAGCCUGGUCCAGGAGGGCUUCAACAGCCACGUCCUGUCUGUCAGAGUCAACAGUGGCUGCUGGGUGCUAUGUGAGCACACUAACUACAGGGGGCGCCAGUUCCUGCUGGAACCCAUCGAAAUCACCAACUGGCCCAAGUUCAGCUCCCUGGACUCCAUCGGGUCCAUGUACCCCGUCAGACAGAAGCGCCACUUCUUCAACGUGAGGAACAUGGAGAGUGGCCACCUCCUGUCCGUCCAGGGCGGCGUGGAGGAGAUGAAGUCGGGACGGGUGGUGGCGGCAGCGGAGGUGGAGCCCCUCAGCGACAUCUGGUUCUACCAGGACGGGCUGAUCAAGAACAAGGCGUCUCCCACCAUGAGCCUGCAGGUGAUAGGAAACCUGGAGCCGGCAGCCAAAGUGGUUCUGUGGACCGAGACCCGGCAGCCCAUCCAGACCUGGACCGCCCAGAUGCAGGGGCUCAUCAGAAGCCUGGUGUUCUCCGGCAUGGUGCUGGAUGUGAAAGGUGGGAAAGCCUACGACAGGGACCACGUGGUGGUGAUGCCAGAGGACGAGGAGAGGCCCAGCCAGCGGUGGCAGCUGGAACUUCUGUAG